CAUAGGACCCUGUGGUUUGGGGAGGGAUAGACGUGACAGAUGCACCCACCCCAUGGGACCCUGAGGUUUUGGGGGGGACAUGACAUAUGCUCCCAGCCCCGUGGGACCCUUCAGCGUGUGGGGGGGACACGUGUUACCCAGUUCUGUGGGACCCUGAGCUCUGAAGGGGGACACACGUACACCCCAUCCCCACGGGGACCCUGUGGUUUGGGGGGGAACAGGGGAUGUGCACCCAACCCCAUGGGACCCCACAGGGUGUGUGUAUGGGGGGGCACCCAUGGAGGGGAAGGAGUGGCAGGUCCCCUCCUGGCAUGGGGUCUCUCGCAGCUCACAAGUACGUGCCUCGUGCCAUCCUGGUGGACCUGGAGCCGGGGACGAUGGACAGCGUGCGCUCGGGUGCCUUCGGCCACCUCUUCCGCCCCGACAACUUCAUCUUCGGGCAGAGCGGGGCUGGGAACAACUGGGCCAAGGGACAUUACACAGAAGGGGCUGAGCUGGUGGACUCGGUGCUGGACGUGGUACGGAAGGAAUGUGAGAACUGCGACUGCCUGCAGGGCUUCCAGCUGACCCACUCGCUGGGCGGGGGCACCGGCUCCGGCAUGGGCACCCUCCUCAUCAGCAAGGUGCGGGAGGAGUAUCCCGACCGCAUCAUGAACACUUUCAGCGUGGUGCCGUCCCCCAAGGUGUCGGACACGGUGGUGGAGCCCUACAACGCCACACUCUCUAUCCACCAGCUGGUGGAGAACACAGAUGAGACCUACUGCAUCGAUAAUGAAGCUCUCUACGACAUCUGCUUCCGCACCCUCAAGCUGGCCACUCCCACUUAUGGCGACCUCAACCACCUUGUCUCAGCCACCAUGAGUGGUGUCACCACCUCCCUCCGCUUCCCCGGCCAACUCAAUGCUGACCUCCGCAAGUUGGCCGUUAACAUGGUGCCCUUCCCACGUCUCCACUUCUUCAUGCCUGGCUUUGCCCCACUGACAGCCCGUGGCAGCCAGCAGUACCGUGCCCUCACUGUCCCUGAGCUCACCCAGCAAAUGUUUGAUGCCAAGAACAUGAUGGCUGCCUGUGAUCCUCGCCAUGGCCGCUACCUCACCGUGGCCACCGUCUUCCGGGGCCGCAUGUCCAUGAAGGAAGUGGAUGAGCAGAUGUUGGCCAUCCAGAGCAAGAAUAGCUCCUACUUCGUGGAGUGGAUCCCCAACAACGUCAAGGUGGCCGUCUGCGACAUCCCUCCCCGGGGGCUGAAGAUGUCCUCCACCUUCAUCGGCAACAGCACAGCCAUCCAGGAGCUCUUCAAGCGCAUCUCAGAGCAGUUCACAGCCAUGUUCCGCCGCAAGGCCUUCCUCCACUGGUACACGGGCGAGGGGAUGGACGAGAUGGAGUUCACUGAGGCCGAGAGCAACAUGAAUGACCUGGUGUCCGAGUACCAGCAGUACCAGGACGCCACGGCUGAGGAGGAAGGCGAGAUGUACGAGGACGACGAGGAGGAGUCGGAGGCGCAGGGCGCCAAGUGAUGCCCGACGCACCCCCCUGCCGCCCACAGCCCCUCCGGCUUCGCGCUGCCACCCUGGCCGGGCUCCUCCCGCGUGUGCCCCUUUGGUGUCUCCUGACCCCGUCCCCCCCAUGAGCCAGCUCGGCCCCCUCUGCCCCCCCCUCCUGCCUCCCCUCUUUUCGUUUUUUACUGGUUCGUGUCUAUUAUUUUUUUUGAAUACUUAAUAAAUUUAUUGCUGUCCAGGUA